AUGGAAUUGAACCCAGACCCUGAGCGGAGCUCGCGUGUCUGCGCGGCCUGCUCUAUGGUAGCGGGCGGCCGCCCGGCGACAUUGCAGCAUGCCAAUAAAUUACGGCGGCGGGCGAUAGCGGGCGAAUCUCGCCGCAUCUCGGCGCUGGCUGACGCGCCUCAAUGGGCCCCCGCGCCGCCAGGGCCCCACCGUCACACCUGUGGACGAGGCACGCUGCCCCCAGCUUAUGUUUCAAGUCGUAUCUUCAUUAUCGACUUAAUGACGGCAGUGAACUUCCCUGGCCAAAGGCUAACGCCU